CAAACCGGUGAUUUUGUUUACAAUCCUCAAGGAACUAGGCUAAAUGUAAACAACAAGAAAAUGGCAGAAUCCGUUCCCAGUCAUCUAAAAUCACUCAAUAAUGACACUCCGACAUUUGUACAGUUUGUCAAUAGUUCAGAUCGUAUGGUAUAUCUCUUCUGGUUGGAUUAUACGGGAAAACUCGUCAGAUACGGUUGUAUACCACCACAUAGGGUUAUGGAAAUGAACACAUAUGUCACUCACCCGUGGGUCGCACGUGAUACUGCUACAUGGUACCCGUUGCUGUUAAAUGGAGAACAGAUCUUCUUCCCACAGAUUGAGAGGGGAGAACAACUGUUCCACGACCAGAAUAGAGAAAGGGUCGACAUACAUAUACCAGUGUUCCCACUAUUUCGUCGAUGUCUUGAAGUUGUGUACCUAUACUUCCAAAAAGAGACGAUCGCAUGGACAAAUAUACCAAAGAAUAUAAAAGAAGUUCUUUUGAAAAUGUCAACGCCAACUGAGUUUAACGAUUAUAAGCAUUUUGAUUCAGUGAUUUAUGGACGUUUACACGGAAAUGACGGUGUAAAUUAUGAUAACAAUGAUGAUGAUGAAGAGGAUGUUGAAGAUGAUGAUGUUGACAGUGACGAGGAAGAUGAUGAAGAAGAAAAUGAUGAUGAUAGUGAUGAUUUAGAAGAAAAUAAUGGUAAUCAUAACCGUAUUGAAGAAGAUAAUAAUGAAAAUGACAUAAUGCAUAUUGAUGAAAUUGACAAUAAAGAUGACGAUGCUGAUGGCAACAUAGUUGAUAGAGAUGGAGAAGGAAAUGAGGAUAAAGUUGACAGUGCAAAUGAUAACACUAGUGACAAAGAAUUUAACUGUGAUGUAAAUGAGAUAUUUCAUGAUGCCAGAGAUGCUGAUGUUGAUAAUGUUGACAGUAAUAACUUCGAGGCAAGUAAAAAUGUUAGGCCUAACAGUUUGAACAAUGACGAUAGUGAAGGCGAUGGAUUCUUCGAUGCUGUUGAUGACAGUAACAAAAACAAACCGAAAUAAUCUGUCACUGUAAUUAGCAGAUUCAUUUUACUUUAAAGUAACAUGGUAUAUAGUUAAGUGUCGUUAAGUUCAAGUGCCAGAAGACUAGAAUUUGUAGAUUUUUUUUUGGAAAAAAGAUGGACACCGACACUAUUAACAUAUUGGUCUGUUGCAAGGAAAUUUAUUCACAAAAUAAAGACACAUUACUUGUAUAUUAUUAAUACUUUGGAUUUAUAUAAUUAAUGAAUCAGCAAAGGAUCGUACCGUUUAAAACUUAUUUGAGACUUCAGUAGGAAAGAAAUAAUUGCAAUUGA